AUGGAAUCUCUGCAAAUUGCUAGAAGGCCUAAGGUUGAAGGAACUUCAGGAACGCCUGUUGAAGUUGUAGCAAACUUUUUACCCAUCAAAGAGUUUGAAUAUCCAAGCGUUUUUCAUUAUUCUUUCGAGGCUUACGAAUAUAGAAAAGAUACUAGAGCAAGAACUAGAUAUGUGGUUAAAGUGUUUAAAAAAUUGGUCGAACAGAAAUUUUUCGAAACUGACAACAUGCCUGUUUUUGAUGGAGGUCGUAUAUUUACAAAAAAAGAAAUUUCUGGUUUUGGUAAAAAGAAAAGAGCCGAAGGUAUUGAAGUUCGAUUAGAAUCAAAUGAAGUCGUGAAAUUUGAUGUUGUGAUCGAGAAACAAGACAAAGUUGACUUAAGUUGUAUAAGAGAUUACGUUACAGUUGGUACUAAUUCCUCCUGGAAUGAAAAAGUUCAAGAAGUUCUUAUGGCACUGAACGCUUACACAAAUUCCGAGAUAAAGUUAAAUUAUUUAACAUUGGGUCCGAAAGUUUUUUUCCCUCCCCCUAGUAGUGAUGAUGUCAUAGAGUAUUUACCUGGCGGUGUUGUCUUGAGAAGAGGAUAUUACCAAUCUAUUAGACCUGGAUGGGGACGAUUAUUAAUAAAUGUUGAUACUUGUGCUGCAACAUUUUAUCCACACGGUCUAAUAACGCAAAGUAUUCCUCAUAUUUUGAGGAGAGAAGUUAACGAAGGAUUGUUGGAUAUAAAUAGAUUGAGGGGUGGUCUUGAUCGUGAUGAUGUAAAUUAUUUGGAUUGGUAUCUGAGGAAUGUAAUAGUGUUAAUUCAUCACAAUAAAGAAAAUGUACAAAUUGGAAAAAUCUGUAGUGUGGUAGACAAACCUGCUAAUAAACAAAUGACCAAAUACAAGGGUAGGCCAGUGCCUCUUAGCGAAUACUAUAGAAAUCAUUACAGAAACGACUUGCGAUUCCCCAACUGGCCUUGCAUCACUUAUAAAACUGUAAAUGACGAAAAAGAAAAAUGUCCUUUGGAAAUCUGUGAGAUUCUCGAUGGACAAAAAUUUGACGAAGAAAGGAAAUCCAGACAAAGUAACAACAAAAGACCAAGAUUAAUCAAGGAUAUCGUUACAAACAUGCUUGCUGAAUUCAUCAAGAAAACCGCUGUCCCUCCGGAUCAAAGAUUUAAAAACAUUAAAGAUGGAGUUGAAAAAUUCAUUCGAUAUCAAGCAAAUAAAGAUUUGAAAUCAAUUAACUUGAUACCUAGUACCGACUUUGUUAAAGUAAAAGCUCGUGUACUUCCUGAACCUGUGUUAUUUUCUAGUGGUAAAAAUAUACAAGUUAAAGAUGCUCGUUGGGACCUUAAUAAAUUUUCAGAUGCUAGAAGCCUUUUUAAUUGGGCAGUAGUAGUAUUCGAUAAUCAAAGUGCCUUACCACUCCAAGCUGUUCAACGAGCAAUGAGGGAAUUGAAAAAUGCUUUAAUUUCUAAAGGAUUGAAUGUUCCUACUGAACCCGAAAUCCUUUAUGCCAGCACACAAGGAAGUUUCGAGAUGGACUUAACACUUGCAUGCAACAAGGCUAUAAUUGACAAACAAAAACAUCCAGCUCCUCAACUUAUCGUAUGUAUUAUCCCCAGAAAAGUAAAGGGUAAUUCAGGAAUGCAUGCAGCUGUCAAGAGAGUCUGUGUCACCAAAUUAGGAGUAAUUAGUCAAUGCAUUCUAAAGUCUACAGUGAAAAGUGAAAGAAGAUUAAGAAGCGUUUUUGAAAAUAUCGCUUUGAAAAUUAAUGGAAAAUUGGGCGGAAAGAAUUCUGAAUUGGCUAAAAAUGAAUUAAAUUUCAAAGGAAUCGAACCUUAUAUGGUAUUUGGAGCUGAUGUGUACCAUUCAGGAAGAACCGUUAAAUCAGAUAAGAAAAAGAAGUCCGAGUCUGGAGAACCAUUGGAAUCUAUUCCUGAAAGGAAUAAAAUGACAGAAGAGGAGAAGAAAUCACCAAGUAUUGCAGCCGUGUGUGCAUCAAUGGAUAAAGGUGCAACUAGAUAUGUCACACGCUGUUCAAUGAACAGAACACAUCGUAAUGAAACUAUAGAAGACAUGGAAAAUAUGACUUAUGAAUUAAUAAGAGAAUUUCAUAACAGAAACAAAAUAUUACCUCAACAAAUUGUCUUUUAUAGAGAUGGUGUUUCUGAAAGUCAUUUCCAAAAACUUUUGAAUGAAGAAGUUUGCUCAAUGAAAAAAGCUUUUAAUAGAAUUUAUCCUGCUGGAAAAGGACCAAAAUUAACAUUUGUUGUUGUUCAAAAAAGACAUCACGCAAGAUUUAUGCCAGUCAACGCUCAAGAUAGACAUCAAAAUGGUAAUUGCAAACCCGGUACUGUUGUUGACACAGAGGUUGUUGUAGAACGUAAUUUUGAAUUCUUCCUGCAAUCACAUGCAAGUCCUCUUGGUACAGCCCGACCAACAUUCUAUCAUGUUAUACUAAACGAGGCUGAGUAUUCAAUCGAUGAAAUGGAAAGAUUAACAUAUAAACUAUGCCAUUUAUCUGUCAGAUGUAAUCUUGCUAUAUCACAUGUAACACCUGUUCACUAUGCACAUAAUAUUGUAAAUCAAGCAAGAUACUUUGUUUUAACUGGUGACGAAGAACUUGAUGCAGUUGGUAGUAAUGUUACAUCUGAUGAAUUCCCUAAAUUCUUGCAAAUUAAAGAUUCUAUUAAAAAUCAAAUGUUUUUCGUCUAA